AAGAGGAGUCAGAGUCAGACCAUUGCAGUGACGCCCAGACCUUACAACCAAAAGGUCGACCCUUUGGGCCGAAUAGUCGCCAACACUUCCAAUGAGAUCGACGACGACUGCGGACGUGAGGAGUACCGCGACAAGAUGGUUGAGUGCUGUGUUAAGGCGUGCGGUACUCGGGAUCAGCUGAUGAACGCCUCGUUCUUCAUUGUGGCCACAAAUGUCAUGUGUAGGACCGAUAAGAUGGAGUUCCCGCCCCUCGAGAUAGGCAUCUGUCAGUACUCUAUCGCUUCGGGCAUUAAAUUCAGUUAUCAUGAGUUCAUUGACGCCGGAAAAGUGCCCUUAGGAUACAUGCAUUCCGCCAAAGACUGGGCGGAAACGAGUCAUAAGAUCCCUUUGAGUGACUUCUAUCCGGCGACCAAUAACUACGAGAAGUUAGUCGAAGACAUGAAACAAAUCCUCGAAGAGUCGAGAUUUACGAACCAAAUGACGGGAAAACCGACGCCAAUGUUGGUCUUCUGUCGCGAAGACGCCAUCGAACAGAACAGAGGAGUCUUUCAGUGGUUGCAACACAAGUACAAUGAGAUCAACAAAACCAGCUUUGAAUGGGAUCUCGAAGUUCUCGAUUUAGUGCUACUCUUGUACUACAUCUCCAAAUCUGGCGGACACACCAUAUCUAUGGCGGCCGGAGAGGGUAUGUCCUGA